AUGAAGAGGGAACGCGACGAGAAGAAGGAGGACCCUACUAUUGGAGAGGCGAAGCGAAUCAAGAAGCAACCUCCACCCUAUGACAUUCUCGACAAUGGGCGCAUAGAAAUCAAGUUUGACGUUGCCUUUGUUCAGGUCGGUGAAGAUAAAGAGGAACGAAAGGAGAAAAAACAAUGCACAUGCCCACUACCCGAAGGCGACAGUGAUGAUGAGUUCGAGUGCGACUGCGGAGCCGAAGACUCGGAUGACGAUGACGGUGAAUGGGACUACGCGCGCGACAAAAGAUACCUGGAGAAGCAAGUCACUCGCUUGAUCAAGUGGUCCUUCGAGGGUCUUACCCCAGAGUUUCGCAACUACACGGGCGCGAGCGUCGUGUUGGAGUGCGACAUGCCGUCGGAAGAGAAGUGCAACCUCGACAAGGACGAAAAGGAGAAGAAGCGCAUCAGCGGGACGAUUGCCGAGCGCUCGAGCGUCGUCAAGUUCAUGUCCUUCGACAAAGGAGUGCAAUCCAACCCGCCCGACUUUAAGCACACAGUCGAGACACGCGCGUGGUCGAGCAGAUAA